CUUUUCCACCUCCUUCCUCUUUGUCGUUGUGAUCGCAGUCGUCUUUGAAUCGGCAAGAUGAGACAAUCGUUGAUUAGCAGCGCUGCGCUCAUUGGAGCUGCACAAGCGCUCAACUACACUUGCACACCGAGCGCGAUCCAAGCUGUCCUGCCGAAAGGUGCCAAUGUCAACUUCGCGCAUCCUGUCGCAACAAAUGGCACUUUUGAGACACCAAAUGGCGACACAGGAUACCCGAAUAGCCCACCUAAUCUGCCUGCUUUAUGUGCUGCAUCCAUCCAGGUCAAGUCAGUUGACAACACUACUUUUGGCUUUGGCAUCUUCCUCCCUGAAGAGUGGAAUGGCAGAUUCUUAGCUGUUGGCAAUGGCGGCUUUGCUGGUGGCAUCAACUACCUCGAUAUGGCUGCUGGAGUCCGUUAUGGAUUUGCCGCGAUCUCAACUGAUACUGGUCACAAUUCGACUAACAGUAAUGGCACCUGGGCCUAUAAUCAGCCGGGCAACGUUGAAAACUGGGGCCACCUUGCUAUGCACGGCUCCGUGGUCGUCGGAAAAGAGAUCACAGCCGCGUACUACGAGCAGAACGUCACAUACAGCUACUACUCUGGAUGCUCUACUGGUGGUCGUCAAGGUCUGAAAGAAGCAGAAUACUACCCCGAGGACUUCGACGGAAUUGUAGCGGGCGCCCCUGCGUGGUGGACCAGUCAUCUUCAGCCAUGGACAUUACGCAUUGCGCUUUACAAUCUUCCUACCACUGCUGAUUAUCACAUUCCCGCGGCGUUGUUCUCGACCUUGAACGCAGAGGUUAUCAAGCAGUGCGAUCCUCAAGAUGGAGUCGUCGACAACAUCAUCUCGGACCCUCAGGGCUGCAACUUCCAGCCUACAACUCUGCUCUGCGGCUCAAGCAGCACCGCCAACGCCUCUUCUUGUCUCACAGGACCCCAGCUUGACACUGUUUAUAAUAUCUUCAGCGACUAUGUUGGCGAGAACAACACAUUCAUCUUCCCAUCCUUCUACCUUGGUAGCGAGGGUCAGCCCAUCUUCUUCUCUGGCAAUGCGCCCAACGCGCUCGGCACCGGAUACGUCCAGUACUUCCUUGGUAAAGGGCCUCAGUGGAACUUCACAGACUACAAUGACGACAUUGUCGCUCUGUCUGAUGCGAUCAACCCCGGAAAUGCAACUGUAGGUUUCGAUCUGUCUCGUUUCCAUGCCAAGGGCGGCAAAAUUAUGUCAUACCAUGGCAUGGCUGAUCCACUCAUCCCGACCGGCUCGACUCCAUAUUUCUACGACCACGUUACUCGAACCUUGAAGCCGCAGGGCAUCAAUGUUGACGAGUUUUUCAAGUACUUCCUCGUUCCUGGCAUGGGCCACUGCUCUGGUACCCAGACUAGCAUGAAUGCGCCGUGGUAUUUCGCUGGUGGUAACCAGCAAGUUGCUCUCGCCAACGAUAUCUACAGCGUUCCUGGAUUUGAGGACGAAGAGCACGAUGUGCUGAAGGCCAUGAUGGCUUGGGUCGAGGAGGGCAGAGUACCUGAGUACAUCAUUGCCACUAAGUAUAUCAAUGAUACCACUCACGAUAAGGUGCUGCGACAGAGGCCUCUCUGCAUCUACCCCAAGCAAGCUAAGUACACCGGCGAGGGUGAUGUGGACGAUGCUGCGAAAUGGGAGUGCAAGGCCCUGUACUAAAGUCUGUAAUCUUAUGGUAACAAUCGAGGCAACGUACGAUCGUAUUUGUCAACUUACACGAUAGUCUGCAUUUGAUAUGCUGUUGG